GUCAUUGCUGUCAAGUCAACUAAUUUGUCAAGUAAAUUUUUUUUCGGACUUCGAACCUCACUUUGCGAAUUAGAUUUUAUUUUGUUUUUAUUAUCUUGAAACUUUAGUUUCGUAAGUUUUAAGUUGCCAAUUUAUUUCAUACAAAUAAAAUGUCUCGUGUAUUAGUGGGUGUUAAGAGAGUUAUCGAUUAUGCCGUGAAAGUACGUGUCAAGCCCGACAAGAGUGGCGUGGUGACCGAUGGGGUGAAGCACUCCAUGAAUCCGUUCGAUGAGAUCGCAGUGGAAGAGGCUGUGAGAAUGAAGGAGAAGAAACUGGCCAAAGAAGUUAUUGCCGUGUCAUGUGGUCCCCCACAGGCUCAGGAAACCCUAAGGACAGCUUUAGCCAUGGGUGCUGACCGAGCCAUCCAUGUAGAAGUGACUGGACCAGAGUACGAGACCAUGCAACCCAUCCAUGUAGCCAAGAUCCUAUCCAAACUGACGCAGGAUGAAAAAGCAGACUUAGUUAUAGUAGGAAAACAGGCGAUUGAUGAUGACUCAAAUCAGACCGCACAAAUGACAGCUGCAUUGCUGGACUGGCCCCAGGGCACCUUUGCUUCCAAGGUUGAGAAGACUGACGCUGGUUUGACAAUUACCCGCGAGAUUGACGGGGGCUUGGAGACCAUCAAGGCCAAAGUCCCAGCCGUGCUCAGCGCCGACUUGCGACUCAAUGAGCCUCGGUACGCCACGCUGCCAAAUAUUAUGAAAGCCAAAAAGAAGCCUCUGAAGAAGGUCACAGCUAAGGACCUUGGUGUAGACCUCGCGCCGCGCAUCAAAGUGGUCUCCGUUGAAGACCCGCCCGUGCGACAGGCGGGUUCUAUCAUCCCCGAUGUGGACACACUCGUUGCAAAACUAAAGGAGGGCGGACAUGUUUGAUAGUACACACCUUUUAUGAGAAUAUAGCCCUUUUAAUAUCCAUUUUGUACGCGAGAUUUUUGAUGUAAUUGUAAGCGUGAUCAUGUAGAUAUUUUGUUGAAUAUAUACACUUAUACUUGUU